AUGGCACCUCAACUCGAGCCAUACUUCAAAGAGGUUGAUAACCUCGCCGAAUCCUUUAUCGACCGGUUGCGAAAGGCGGUUGAAAUCCCCUCAGUUUCAGCCCAAGAUGAGAGGAGAGGAGAUGUUGUUAGGAUGGCCCAUUUCCUUGUUUCGGAGCUCGAAGCUCUCGGCGCCGAAGUAGAACUGCGCCCUUUGGGGAAAGAGCACGGAAGGGAACAUUUAGAUCUCCCGCCCGUUGUCCUAGCCCGCUAUGGCAACGAUAAGAACAAACGCACAAUCCUUGUCUAUGGGCAUUAUGAUGUGCAACCUGCUGCAAAGGAUGAUGGAUGGGCCACAGACCCUUUUACCCUUACUGUUGAUGACAAGGGAAGAAUGUACGGCCGUGGCAGUACUGAUGACAAAGGCCCUGUUCUAGGUUGGAUUAAUGUGAUCGAGGCGCAUAAAAAGGCCGGAAUCGAAUUCCCCGUCAACCUCCUCUGCUGCUUCGAAGGCAUGGAAGAAUUUGGUUCGCUGGGCUUGGAGGAAUUUGUCAAGGCAGAGGGCAAGAAGUAUUUCAAAGACGCCGAUGCCGUGUGCAUCUCCGAUAACUACUGGUUAGGAACCGAGAAACCGUGUUUGACAUACGGCCUUCGAGGUUGUAACUACUACGCUUUGUCGGUUUCUGGCCCCGGCCAGGACUUGCACAGCGGUGUUUUUGGUGGAACGGCACACGAGCCAAUGGUUGAUUUGGUGACCCUUCUUUCACGACUAGUUGAUCCGCAAGGAAACAUUCUCAUUCCAGGGAUCGCGGAUCUCGUGGCACCUGUAACGGAGGACGAAAAAGAUUUAUAUGACGCCAUCAGCUAUUCAAUGGAUGAUUUCCAUGAAUCAUUGGGCAGUCAAACCUCUAUUUUUUCAAGCAAAGAACAAACUCUUAUGCGUCGAUGGAGAUUCCCUUCUCUCUCAAUCCAUGGAAUUGAGGGUGCAUACUACGCACCCGGCGCGAAAACAGUAAUUCCUGCUAAAGUUAAUGGAAAAUUUUCCAUUCGAACGGUACCUAACAUGCAAAGCGAAGAUGUGACCAGACUUGUCACCGAGUAUAUCAACGCGGAGUUCGCAAAGUUGAACAGCAAAAACACUGCGCAGGUGUCUCUUAUUCAUGACGGGAAAUGGUGGGUUGCCAGUCCCAAACAUUGGAAUUUCGAAGCUGCCAGCAAGGCGGUGGAACAAGUGUUUAACGUCGUCCCGGAUAUGAUACGCGAGGGUGGAAGUAUUCCGAUUACAUUGACCUUCGAAGAGGCCACGGGCAAAAAUGUGCUCUUGCUCCCCAUGGGUAGCUCUACUGAUGCUCCCCAUUCCGCAAAUGAGAAAUUAGAUCGACGCAAUUAUGUCGAGGGCACGAAACUUUUGGGCGCAUAUCUCCACUAUGUGGCUGAAGAGCCCAUGACAGCAUGA